AUGGUCAGAGGGAAGGUGCAAAUGCGGCGAAUUGAGAACCCUGUCCACAGAAGGGUAACCUUCUCCAAGUGCCAGGAAGGACUGCUCAAAAAGGCAAGAGAACUCUCAGUGCUUUGUGGUGCUGACGUAGGUGUAAUCAUAUUUUCCUCUACUGGGAAAGUCCAUGAACUAGCGACUAACGGGUGCGUUCUACAAAAUUCAAGUUGUUAUAUAGUGAAUCUUAAGUGCGACAGAACUUCUGAGAUGUUUUCCUUUACACUCAAAAUGCAAGAAAUAUGCAAAGCUUGGUUGAGAGGGCGUACCCAGUGCAGAGAGCUCCCGCUCUGUGCGGGGUCUGGGGACAAAUAUAACUGUAACAGAGAACUGGGUUUCCUUGUUAAAGGAAGAGAUAUGUCUACUGCAGCAUGGUUUAAGAUGAAGAUCAUGCAGCAAGAAAUUCACUUUCUUAAAAAUAAGGAAAGCAUACUUAAAUCAGCAAAUGAAAAUCUUCAACAGAAGGAAGGCAUCCUGAAAGCAGCAAACGAAGUUCUCCAACAGAAGGUGAAUGAACAGAAUGAAUUUAUAAACAACUGCUUGGCCUUUUCUGGAUCUUCAUAUUCGAUGCAUUACAACACAAAUGAGAGUUGCUUAUUCACGGUAUAG